AAUCGUUCAAACAAACCAGAGACGACUUUGGCGGCAAACAGCAACACCCACGACGAUGAUGGACGAGGAGACAGCUGCGACAGCGACGAUGAAGAGGAGGGUGGUGAAGAAGAUGGUGGUGGAUGAUGAUGAUGAUGAUGAUGAUGAAGGGGAGGAGGAGGAGGAGGAACUUGAUGUAAAGGGAGUGCAGGCAGUGAAGGAGCAGCAGCAGCAGCAGCACAACAACAACCAGAAACACAGCCUCACUGCUGCUCGCAAGCGCAUUAUUGAGAGCGACGAUGAGGACGAGGAUGAGGACGAGGACAAGACCGACAGCGAUGUUGAGAGCUACGCUGCGUUCCUCUUCCCUGGUGACAGCAGCGACAGCAAAAGCCAAGGCGGCAGCGACAAGGGCCAAAAGUCCAAGCAGACCAAGCUGCAGCUGGGAAAGCUACUGCAGCCUCCACCACGCACAGCACCAGCAAGCAAAGCUGAGCCGGCCCCACAACAGGUUACGCCGGACAACAAGGCCAGCGCACCUGCCAGCCCCUCCAACCAGGAGCAAGAUUGCGAACAAGAGCAACAACAACAGAAGCAGCCUUCUGGGGCUGAGGAUGAUGCCACGCCAAGUAAGGAGCCCUUGCCCGCGACACCAAAGGAAGCCACCAAGGCCUCAGCUUCCAAGCACAAGAACAGUGACAGCACAGCAACCGACGAUGGUGAUCUGUCUCACGUUCAAAACUACGUGAACCCAAAGGACUGGGAGGCCCCCAAGUCAACAAAGCCAAAGGACCCCAACUACAAGCCUGCGUGGAUGCGCGGCACGCGCCGAUCCGCCAAGCGCUCAGCCAAGCCCAAAUCAAAGGCCAAGAAGACUGCCAAGACCAGCAAGGCCAAAAGCGCCUCCCGGUCCACGUCGACCUCAUCCCCAGAGGAGAGCCAGACAUCCACUGCCACGCCAGAAGCAACGCAGGAUAUGGACACCCAGCCAGAGAGCUGCGGUGACCAGGAAAAGGCAGAGGCAGCAACGUCAACCAGAGCUGCUGGUUCUGAUGAUGCGGGCACCCGCAACUGCACUGACGCCGACACCAUUACAGCCAGAGGUGACAGCAACAUCGACGAUGACAGCGACAACAACAGCGAUAACAGCGCCAGUGGGGAGAGCAUGGACACUGCGGAGGACACAGCAGCCGCAGAAGGCAACGGUGCUGUGACCCCUGAGGUGGAAGACCGCAGUGAUCGCAGCAGAGACGUGCAGACACCAGCGCGGCCGCUUGAUGCAUCAAAUGAGAAGAAGAAAGAGCAAGUGAACGAGAGCACAGAGGCAAAGGCCGAAGGAGUGCAGCAGAGGAGCGAUGGGGCAGAAAAGCAAAAGCAAACGCAAAAGGAAAAGGAUGAGAAGAAGAAAGAGGGGAAGGACCAAGGCAGCGCUCUUGCUGGCGGCGACAAGACAGAGAAGCCAGCAGCUGCUGCAUCUUCCUCCAAGCGGACCAUCAUGGACAUGUUUUUCGCUCCCCGCAAAGCGGUCAAGAAAUCAGCGACGAAGACGGGCAAAGCAUCAGAGGUGGACAAGCCCAAGGCACCACCAGCCACAUCACCAGCGGCAGUCUCAUCCACACCAACACGGCGUUCAGCGGAUACCAACGCUGCUGCGGCCAAAACAGGCACAACAACACCAGCAAACCCACCAUCGUCAUCAUCAUCAACAACACCUGGCUGUGAUCCCAGCGACUUUGACCCGAGCGCAGCGCGGUAUGACCCGAUUGCGAGCGCGUGCUGGUGCCGGGGACAGCAGGUGCCGUACAAGGCGCUGGCGGCGACAUUCAAGCUUGUGGAGGCGACGAGCAAACGCUUGGAGAUUAUCAACACCGUCUGCAACCUCUUCCGCUCCGUGAUGGUGCUCAGCCCAGCCUCACUCGUGCACUGCAUCUACCUGUGCACAAACGACCUCGCCCCUGCAUACGAGGGCAUUGAGCUUGGCAUCGGAGAUUCCAUCCUCAUGAAGGCAAUUCAGAUUGCGUCAGGGCGCAGUCUUCAACAGAUUCGUGCAGACAUGGCCACCAUCGGAGACCUGGGGGAGGUGGCUGCCAAGUCCCAGUCGAAGCAGCGCAAGCUGACGUUUGGGCGCAAGAAGAAACCGCUCACCGUUGAUGCUGUCUUUGCAAAGCUCAAAGCUAUCGCCGUGCUCAAGGGGCAGAAUAGCCAGCAGCGCAAGGUUGACAUGAUCCAGGGCCUGCUGGUCGCGUGCCAGUCGAGCGACGAGGCGAAAUUCCUCAUCCGCGCACUCGGUGGCAAGCUGCGCAUUGGACUGGCGGAAUUGAGUGUACUGAGCGCACUGGGGCAGGCGAUUGCACUCACCCCGCCGGCUCAAGGGGAGUAUCCACCGCCUAUUCUGGAUGCGAGCAAAGGUGUUCAUGCAGACAAAUUCAAGGCAACCAUGGAGGAGUGCACGCUGAAACUGAAGACGGUGUAUUGUGAGCUUCCAAACUACGACUACAUCAUCCCAAUCCUCCUCGAAGAAGGCAUCGAUGCGCUGUCUGAGAAGUGUGGCAUCACGCCUGGCAUUCCCAUGAAGCCAAUGCUCGCCCACCCAACAAAGGGCGUGGAUGAGGUGCUGCAGCGCUUUGACGGAAAGACGUUCGUGUGCGAAUACAAAUACGAUGGCGAGCGUGCACAAGUCCACCGCAACGAAAAGGGCGAGAUGUUCAUCUACAGUCGCAACUCUGAGAACCACACAACCAAGUACCCAGACGUCAUUGCAAACGUCCCAAACGCGUUUGCGGAGGGCGUAUCUGAUUUUGUGCUGGACUGCGAGGCCGUUGCGUUUGACAUGACAAGCCAGCAGAUUCUUCCGUUCCAAGUGCUCAGCACACGCAAGCGCAAGGACGCCACAGAAGACAGCGUGGAGGUGCAGGUGUGUCUGUUUGCGUUUGAUCUCCUCUAUCUCAACGGACAAUCGCUCGUACGGGAACCGCUGCACACUCGCCGCUCCCUCCUCAGAUCAAACUUCAAGCACGUGCAAGGUCGCUUCCAGUUUGCGGACUGCCUCGUCACCUCGGACACCGACGAGAUUGGGAUGUUCCUGGAGCAAAGCAUCAAGGACAGCUGCGAAGGACUGAUGAUCAAAACGCUGACGGAAGAUGCGUCCUACGAGAUUGCGCGCCGGUCCCACAGCUGGCUCAAGCUCAAGAAGGACUACCUGGAGGGGGUUGGAGACACGCUUGAUCUUGUAGUGAUUGGUGGAUGGCUCGGCAAGGGAAAACGCACGGGCACAUAUGGCGCUUUUCUGCUUGCGUGCUACGACGAAGAGAGCGAGGAGUACCAGAGCAUCUGCAAGAUUGGCACGGGCUUCUCGGAUGAGGACCUGAAGACGCACUUUGAGCAGUUAAAGCCGCACGUGAUACCGUCACCACGCAACUACUACCGCUACGACUCGACACUCGCGCCCGACCACUGGUUCGACGCAGCGCAGGUGUGGGAGGUGAAGGCUGCGGACCUGUCCAUCUCUCCUCGCCACAAGGCCGCUGCGGGCUUGGUUGAUGCGGAGAAGGGCAUUUCGCUGCGCUUUCCCCGGUUCAUUCGCGUUCGUGAUGAUAAGAAGCCAGACAUGGCCACGUCAGCAUAUCAGGUUGCGGACAUGUACAACAGCCAGGACCUGGUGCAGAACAGCCGUGGUCGCCCCAACGGCCCACCGCGCUAGGCACGUGCGACCUGCGAACACGUUCUUGCUGGUUGUCGCGGUGUGUUGACACGUGGUCAAGGUGGUGAGUGGUGAUUGGGUGAUGGGUGACUGGAUUGGGCGUUGUGUUGAUGGCGGCGGCUGCGUUGAUGUCGCGUUGUUCCUUCUUGCAUGUUCCUUUGUCAGCACUCUGCGUUUGUUGCGUGGCCAAUGAUAGAGCCUUGUCUCUUGUAAGUCUUGCAUCUUUGUUGUAUUGCUUCAUUAAACGUCCCCGCA